AUGGCCGCCGUCCAAUCGCUGAGCCAGCUGCUGCAAAAGUCCUCUAUCGAAGAACACGAGAAUGUUCUGAAGGCGUGCAAUGCGGCACUGAAAAAAUCCAAAACAGACCUCCAGGCUCAGCAUGCCAAGGUGGUGGCGCUGUUGAAACUCGACCGGUACGAAGAUGCGUUGCGGGUGUUGGAAGAGAGCGGAGAUGCGCUCAAAGGCAAAGCGCCUGUCGAGUAUGCCUAUGCGCUGUAUAAGUGCGGGCAGCUAAGUGAGGCGGCCAAGGUUGCGGAGAGCCAGGCAACUGGGCGAGGGGCGAGGCAUGUUGAGGCCCAAGCAAACUACCGUUCCGAGAACUUUGCUACUGCUGCACGGGUAUAUGAGAGUUUGGCUGGCGACGAAGCAGAGCUAGGCAACGAAUAUAACGACUUACGCAUCAAUACAUGGGCUGUGUAUGCGCAAAGGCUAUGGCAGAGGCAGGGGGAUAUGCCACAAAUUCGGAAGCCUACACGGGACGAUCUCGAGGCAUUUGAAACAGCAUACAAUGCAGCAUGUGCCAGUAUUGCUCGGGGUGAUCUAAAACAAGGCGAGAUUUUGUUAAAGCGAGCGAAAGAGUUAUGUAAAACCUCCGAGUAUUUGUCACCGGAAGAAAAAGCUAGCGAAUUACUGCCUAUCACGAUUCAGCAACUUUACACGCAGCUCAGGCAAGGAAAUCUCAAAAACGCGGAGGAACUUGCCCAGGAAAUUUCUGUUAGCGAAAACACGGAGCUCUCGACGAAAAAGAUCGCCCAAAACAAUAUUCUAUUAUCACAGAAACAAAACACCAACCCUUACAAAUUAUACAAACUCUUCCAUGAUGCCCCAGAACCCCGCGACAGUGACAAACUCUUCAAGUUCCAGUCGAGUGCCAUUGAAGCAAACUCCCACGCUCUUGAUCUCGAUGUGCAAAAGUCCGACGGAGUCAUUCGGUCAACUACAAAAGCGCUGGCACAGCGUCCGUACCCCUCCGUCGAUCCCGAUGACAGUAUUUUGUCAAUAUACAAUGCUGCAGCCCAAGUGCAGGGCAAGACUACCCAACAAGCUAUUCAAGAACUUCGUACCUUGCUAGCUCGUCGUCCGAAGGAUAUUGGCUUGGUCUUGAUUAUCGUCCAACUUUAUGUUGGGGAAGGAAACACUACAUCAGCUAUAAACGUUCUGGAAAGUGCAGUGCGUCUACUCGAAGAAUCAAUCUCAGAGGCAGAUCAGGAAGUACGAUUCAACCCAGGAUUGAUCAGUGUGUUGAUAUCCCUAUACCGACAGGAAGGAAGGAAAGCACAUGUGAAGGCAGAACUUGCAAAGGCAGCAUCAUACUGGCGUCAACAAUCGAAACAACCUACAUCCCUUCUCCGCGCUGCCGCAUCUUCGCUACUUCAUUCGUCCAACCCGACAGAUUUGGCUAUUUCGCAAGACCUCUUCACCACGAUCCAUACCAAAAACCCCGGAGAUAAAUUCGCGAUAGCUGGUUAUGUGGCAUCUUACGCAACCAUGGACUUGGCAAAAGUGAAGAAGGAAUUGGACAUCUUACCGAAGGUUUCGGACCUGGUGCCUGAUGUUGACGUGACCGCUCUCGAGAAUGCUGGUGUUCCUCAGUCACAAGCCAGUCUUGCACACAAUGCGGCCGUGUUAGCUGGUGCCCGGAAACGAGCCGCAAAGGACCAAAAUGCUCGAGCUAAGAAGCGAAUUCGGAAAUCCCGCCUGCCCAAAGACUACGACCCCAGUAAGACGGCUGACGCAGAACGGUGGCUGCCCUUGCGGGAUCGAUCUACAUACAGACCCAAAGGCAAGAAGGGCAAGCAACGAGCAGCCGAGAGAACGCAGGGGUUUGUGGUCAACGAGAAGAGUGAGGAUAGUGCUGCUGCAUCUGUCGGACAGCAGCAAAAGACAGCAGGAGGUGGUAAUGCCUCAAAGAAGAAGAAGAAAGGCAAGCGGUAG